AUGGCUGAUUGUAUCAGAAGUGUGGCAAGGAAGGUGUUAGGAGAAACAAAAGGGAAGCGUAUGAUAGAUAUGGAUGGGUGGUGGUGGAGUGAAAGUAUUAGAGAAGUUUUGAGAGAAAAGAAAAAUGCCUUUAAAGAAUGGCAGAGCGUAGAAGACCAGAAUGAAUCCAUAAAAGAAAGUAAGAGAGGGGCGUAUAAAGAAUGUAAGAAGAGAGCGAAGAAGGAAGUUGCUAUUUGUAGGGCAGAGGCACACGAUAAAUUAUAUCGGUCCCUUGAAAGCCCCGAAGGUCAAAAACGACUUUUUCAAAUUGCAAGAGCGAGAGAAAGGAAUGGAAGAGAUGUUUCACAUGUAAAAUGUAUAAAAGAUGAUUCUGGAAGUAUUUUGACUGACGAUGAAAGUAUAAAGAAGCGAUGGAAGGAGUAUUUUGAGAAAUUGAUGAAUGAGGAGAAUGAAUGGAAUGGUAUGCUUGAAAACCCACCAGUGAAUAUGGGCUUAGUGAGAGAAAUUAGUGUGGAAGAAGUAAAAAUGGCUGUUAGGAAUAUGAAGAAUGGGAAGGCGGUCGGCCCAGAUGGAAUACCAGUAGAAGUGUGGAAGUUGCUGAGGGCGGAUGGAUGGAAGUGGUUGAGUUUAUUUUUCGGUAAAUUGUUGCAGGAAGAACAAAUACCUGAGGAAUGGUGCAGUAGUAUACUGGUUCCCAUUUUUAAAAACAAAGGAGACGUUCAAAACUGCAGCAGUUACCGGGGAAUAAAGCUCAUGUCACAUACGAUGAAAGUCUGGGAAAGAGUAAUAGAGAGAAGAAUGAGAGAAGAGUGUGAGAUAACACAAAACCAGUUCGGAUUCAUGCCCGGUCGAGGUACGACAGAUGCCAUUUUCGCAUUACGCCAAUUGUGCGAAAAGUACAAGCGCGUGCAUAAAGAUCUGCACAUGGUUUUUGUCGACCUUGAAAAGGCGUACGAUCGGGUUCCCCGUGAGGUCGUGUGGUGGGCGUUAAAGAUGAAAGGUAUGCCUGGGAAGUAUGUGAGGUUGGUCCGUGCUAUGUACAGAGUGAGAGAUUCUGGAUAA